ACACAGUUUCGUUCAGUAGGCUGCGUCGCCGCGAAGCUUACCGAUCGAAGUGGUACUACGUUCGAUUAAUUCCGUCUUGAUUUCCUUCGUUUAUCCAUCCAUCCAUCUUUUCUUUUUUUUCUUUUCUCCCCCUUUUUCUUUUUUCUUUCUUUUUCCUUUUCCUUUUCUUCUUUAUUUUUUGCCUUUUACGAAACGUAAAAUAUUUUUACGUUAAAAUUACCAGCACAGAAAAAUAUGAUAAAUUGUCGAAAAAGUUUGGUUAAGGGACGCCCGUUUGCGAGCUACGUAAUAAGUCGAAACCAUCACGGUUCGCUGCACUAAUUUAAUAUACGUGAAAGAGUGUGUGUGAGAGAGAGAUAGACAGACAGAAUAUAGGUGUUAUGAGCGGUGCUUUAUCCAUGUAUGAUGGUUUGGAGAAAGAAACUACAUCAAAUAAUGCAUUGGAAAGCGGUAGCGGUGCUACCAAAAAGUUGGCCAGAGGAAUUUCUAGAGCGACAGAAAAUGCAGCUAUAGUUUCAUACGCGCGUUCUCAAUUCGCUACAUUAGGUUCUUUGGAUACGCCUGAAUUUACAUUUUCAUUACCGGACUUGUCCGUAUAUCCAGAUUCGUUUCGUCAAUUUCUGGAGAAAGAUUUGAUAGAAGGUGGAUGUUUAUCUUCGUUAGAAGCCGCAGGAAGAUUAAAUUGGUGGUGCAGUGGGAAAAAUGGAAGCAAUAGAGUUCUAUGGCCAUUAGCAACUUCGGGAGAUGGUAAUUGUUUGCUUCAUGCAGCUUCUCUCGGUAUGUGGGGUUUCCACGAUCGAUUGCUUACAUUGAGAGAAACUUUGCAUAAUACAUUGAAUAAGGGAGAGUAUCGACAUGCUCUUUUUAGAAGAUGGAAAUGGCGUCAAAUGGGUUUAAAUGCUGCCGCUGGUUUAUCUUAUACAGAAGCCGAAUGGAUAUCGGAAUGGCAAACCAUAGUAGAUAUGGCAUCACCGAUACUAAGGAAUCAAACAGCUACUUCUUAUCAAAGUCUUGAAGAGGUACAUGUAUUGGCAUUGGCUCAUGUUUUAAGGAGACCUAUAAUAGUAAUAGCUGAAACAAUGUUAAAAGAUGCGGAAGGAGUAGCUUUGGCACCUAUACCAUUCGGAGGUGUAUAUCUUCCGUUGGAAGUAUCAUCUUCUAAUUGUCAUAGAACUCCCUUAUUAUUGGCGUAUCAUUCUGCACACUUCUCACCAUUAGUUACUGUUCAUGGACAUAAUGACAUUGGUGAUGAUAGUAACGAAGGAGUUAGUAUACCUUUGGUUGAUCCUGACACAGGUCAAAUAUUACCAGUUUUAUUUGCUGUAGAUCCUGGUCCUGAUUGGGAUUGGAUCGAAGGAUCACGUGAUUUGUUGCCUUGCGAGCAAAGCACGAUGGAGAUAUUGAUAAGAGAUUAUUUAGACUGCGAAUAUGUUAAUUUCACAUCGGAAGAAAUUGAUAGGUUGUCCGAUACAGAUGGUUCCUUGUCAAAAACAGCGAAACAAUUGUUAGGUGUUGCGAAACAAUUUGGAUCGAUUGGAAAGUCUAUGAGUAAAAAGUUUUGGUUUACAAAGAGACCGAAAAGUCCACCGUCUUCUUCCAGUGGUAAUUCUACCGAAGGAUUAUUAUGCAUCAAAAUGAAAAGUAGACGUCAUCAAUAUGUCGAUCAGAUGUUACAAAACUACCUCGAAUGUGCCCAUGCCAGGUAUCUUCAAGAUCAUCAAAUAGACGAUACUGGCUGUGAAAUGAAUUACGGUGCAGGCAAAUCAAAAUUCUAUGCAGCGAGUGAUCAUGGUAGUCAUGCAAGUGUCAGCAAAUUAUUACCAACGCAUCCAAAUAAAGACCGUACGCUUUAUCUUUCAAGAUCAACAUUCUAUAACGAUCAUACGUCGCCUGAAAAGGCUGAUCGACAGUCAUGGAAUAGUAAUUUGCGGGCUUGCGUAAAGGAGUGUCGCAGUGAACAUUGCCAAUUUUUUGGCUCACCGGAAAAUGAAUAUUAUUGUUCACAAUGUUGGGCUAAUCGACGUUAUCGCUGAACAAUUUUUCUUUCCUCUUUUUUUGUUUUCUGUCUAUCUUUUUUUUUCUUCUUCCUUGUAACAAAGCAUGACAAUAAUCAUGAUAAAAACCACCGAAUAGCAUACACGUAAAAAAAUUAAGUUCUUCGUUAAUAUGGAUCAUAAAUCCAAUAAUGAAAAGAAAAUUAAUCUUUCUUCGUCGUCACCCUAUAUAUUUCUCUCUCUCUCUUUCUCUUUCUCUCUUUUUCUUUCUCGCUUUAUUUAUUUAUUAACAUUCUCAUUGAUUCAUUAAAAUUAAAAAUGCAUAUCAUACAAUAUGUAUUUAAUAAUCAAAGCCGAUUCACUGUUCUUUAUCGAUCAGAGAACGCCUUUCCUACAUAUAGCCAAAACCAAAAGAAAAAAAGAAAAAAAAAAACACAAUACAAAAAAAGCAAAAAAGUGUUUCAAGAGAUUAUAUAUUUUUCAAAUACUGCUGAUAUAUCAUUAUAUAUAUAUAUAUAUACACACAUACACACACACAUACAUAUAUGUACAUAUAUGUACAUGUGCCUUUUUUGUGUCAUUCAUUAUAAAUAUAAAAUAUAUACAUUUAAAGACUAAUAAUUAACUAACAAUACUCAAUGUGAAUCAGUACAAUGGAUAUAUAUAUAUAUAUAUAUAUAUAUAUAUAUAUAUAUAUGUUCUAUACAUAUAUACUGCAACGACCAUACUAACGAUUUCAUUUACAACGCUCUGUACUUAUUAAUCUUGCUUUGAACAUUUAUUUCUUAUAAUAAUAAUAAUAAUAAUAAUAAUAAUAAUAAAGAAAAAUAAUUAUAUAACAAUAAUAAUAAUAAUAAUACGCGUAUAAUAAAAGAUCGAUUUCAUUCAUCAUAAUUAAUUAUCGAUCAGCCAACGUUGUUCGCAUUGUAAAAUUGUGUGGAAAAUAAAGGAAAAAUAUUUUUUUACACAACGUGUAAUUGUAUGGGUGAAGUUUAUGGUGUUAAGGAUGGUGUAAGAUAACACGAAAGAGGGGUAGGAGUUUAUGAUUAAUGAUUCGUGAGAGAGAAAAUUUUAGUUACAGUUAAUUAGUAUAUACGUCUAAUAUGAAAUUGUAUUAGACGUGAAAUUUAUUGUUAUAAUGAUCAUUUAAUAAUUUAUAUAUAUAGGACUUCUAUUUUAAAUAUUAAUUUUUAAUUGUCAAUGUGGAUAUAUGGGUAUAUAUCUUUUUUUUUUUUUUAAUUUAAAUUUUUAAUGAUAUACAAUUAUUAUUAAUUACAGUAUUUAAUAAAAAAAAUAUAUAUAUAUAUAUAUUAUAUUAUAUUAUAUAAUUAGAAAAUUGAUAAUGAAACAAACAAAAAUAUAUAUAUAUAUAUGCCUGUUUUUAUAUUUAUUGUUAUAAUAUAUUAGUUUAAUUUUAAUAUUAUUUUUGAUCGAUAUUAGUUUCAUAUUAAAUUAAUUAAACAAAAUAUAUAGAAAUAAUAAUAAAAGUAAAAUAAAAUUUUCGAAAAGAAAAAGAAAUUUCAUUUUGAUAUAUUAAAUUUUGAUUAAAUUCAUUUUUGAAUAUUUAUUUUAAUAUAUAAAUAUAUUUAUAAUUACUAUAUUAUAUAAAAAUUAAUUGGAAAAUUGUGUGUGUGUGUCUGUGUGAAUAAAAAUAAAAUUAGAAUUAAAGUUAGUGUUACGUUUUCUUUUUUUUUUUCUUUUUUGUUUAGUAUUAAUUAACAAAUGUAUAUUAUAAAUAUCUUUUUAUUUUUAUCACAAUAAUAAUCAUAAUAUAAUUACAAUAUUUAUUUCAAUUGAAAUUGAUCGUUUAUGUAUCUGUGUAAAUGAAAAAAAGAAUGAAAUUAAAAUUUCAAUAUUAAAAUAAUCAAUCAAUAAUUAAUAUAUUUACAUUAAUAUAUACAAUAUAUUCUAUCAAUUGAUAACGUCAUAAUAAACAUAAUAUUAUAAUAAAAUCAAUAUACACAUAUACAUACAUACAAUAUCUUUUUAUUAAUAAACAAACACCAUAAUAAAAAAAUAAAAAAGUAAGAAAAAUUAUAAUAAUUAUAUUAAAAAUUUCUUCAAAUUAAUCUAAACAUUUUUUAUUAUUUUAUUUAUUAUUUAUUUAUUUAUAUUAAAUUAAUUCACCCAAUUAUUUCUAUUUUCUCUCUCUCUCUCUCUCUCUCUCUGAUGAAUGCCAAAAGCAAUUUUACACAUAUACACACAGAUACAAACGUAGAACAUUACUAGUAAGAAACUGAGCGUAAUUUGUGGUUUGUAAUACCGUUCUCGUCGUUUGUAACGUCGUUCGGGACAUGUAAGUACGUUAAAACAGAGAAAAGGGGUGGUAAAGAGGAGAAAUGGGGGUUGAGAAGCUGAAAGGAUAAGGGUGGAGGUAUAGUAACCGCAUUUUCCACAUAUAAGAGAUGUUUUCCAACCAUUUAAUGAAAUCAACAUACACAUACACACUUCUAUUUAAAGAAAAAUAUUAGAGUAAUUAAAUAAUUUUAUUUUUCAGUAUUAAUGUAUUAAACUAAUUAAAUAAUAAUUUUUUUUGUUAGAUAAAUGAAGGAAAAAAAAUGAAGCUAUUAAAGAUUUGAAUAAAUUGCAUGGAGUUAAUGCAUUAUGCAGUAGGAUUAAGGGUUGUUUCGAAAAAGGGGAUGCAUUCAUUUUGCACAGGUCGGUCAUAAGGUUACUUUGGCGUAGUAGAGGGUGGGAGAGAGGGGUAAGAAAAGUUUCGUGGGAUGGGGGUUGAAGUUACUAUACUUUGGGGACUUGUAAGAAUGUUUUCGACGAAUUCUUUGAAAACAUUUUCUCGUUACCUCCCUUUUCUGGCGCAUGGAUUUGAAAUUUUUAUGAUGAAACUUAAAAAAAAAAGAAGAUAAAAGAAAAAGAAGAAAAAAAAAAAUAGGAAAAAAGAAUCUAGGGCCGUCUUGGGAGUAAUUCGAAAGAAAUUGGACAUUCGUUUUCAUUUUUUUUUUCUCUUCUUUUAUCUUAUUUUAUUUUUUUUUUUUCCUACAUUUUAUUAGGACCCAACGAUAGAAAUUACGAGUUCAAAAAUUAUAAAAAAAGGUUUGAAAGAAAGGAUUAUUAUUUAAAGUUUGUCACGAUUGAAAUUAAUUUUACAUAUUUCAUUAUUUAAUUUGAAAGUUAGAAAAAAGACUAUUAUUAUUGUUAAUUUUAAUUUUGAAUUACUUCAUUUGGGAAAAGAAAUAAAUAAAGUAUUAUUAUUUUUAAUUGAAAUUAUUAUUAUUAUUAUUAUUUACUUUUCUUUUUUUUUUUUAAACGGAAAUAUUACUAUCAUUGAUUUAGAUUAUUUAAUUAAAAAAAUAAAAAAGAUUAUCAUUUGUAAUAUAAAUUAUUAUAAGUUUUUGUUUAUUUUAUCUCUCUCUCUCUCUCUCUCUCUCUCUCUUUUAUCUAUUUCUCUGUUACAUUUUUUAUUUUUUGUUUUUCUUUUUUCCUUUCUUUUUCUUUUUUUAUACGUCAACUUCGUUACCGGAGAAAAGUAAAUUCCGAGGAAAAAGAGGGUCGUAUUCUGUUAUAAGGGUGAAGAGAUAGUAACACAGGGGGUAAAAUGGGAGCAACGUUGGGGAAGCAAACAGGGAGAGGACUGAGGUGCCGGCCAAACAAAGAUAAAGGUGUACCAAAGGGCAAAAAAGAAUUGCUAAGAAAGAAAAAAAAAAAAAAGAAAAUAAAAGAAGAAUUUCCCUUAUUAUUUCUUUUUUUUUCUCCCUCGAUAAACUUACACAAUUACACAGGUAAGAGUUUUCUUUUUUUUCUAAUAUAUUCCAUAAGAAAAUAAUUUUUUUGGAAUAUAUUAAAAAAGGGAUGGGGUUGGAUAUUUAUGUUUAGCGAAAACGAUGAUUCAAAACGUUGGACUGAACGCUUAUUUUUUUGGGGAUGAAGUGGGGGUGGAUGGGUUGCGAAAUUUUUUAUAUUUUUAUCUUGAUUUUAUUCUAUUAUUUUCUUUUUAUAAAUAUAAAUUUUGUAAUAUGUACAAUAAAAUAUUUAACAUUAUUAUUAUUAUUACACACACACACACACACACACACAUAUAUAUAUAUAUAUAUAUAUGAUUUUUAAUAAUUAAUUUACUUUAGUUCUCCGUAAAAAAGAUGAUCAAGAAUAUUUAGUAAAUUAUUAAAAAAAAUAAUUCAUUAUUAUUAUUAUAAUUAUUAUAAAUCAAUUUAAUCAGAAAUAACGAGUUAGUUUCUCUGAAACAACCCUUACCUAUCUACAAAAAUCCAAUUAAAAAAUAAAAAUUCUAAUUUCCAAUAAGCCUCCCUUAAAAUUUAUACAUUACGAUCUUACUUACUUUACGAAUUUAUUUUUUACAAACAUAUAAUUAUUUCAUAAAAAAAAUAUUCUCCACGAAUAGUUUUUAGUAUAGAUCUAAAAAAAAAAAGGAAAGAAAAAAGGACAAAGAGAAAAAACGAACCGCGACAAUUUUCGUUCAAAUUGGUCGAUGAGAGGGAAAGAAGAUAGGGUAGGGAUGAUAGAAGAGGGGGUGGAAAAUGAAAAUUGAUAGGAAAACACUACCACCGGAACUUUUCUCACCUUUCUUUGAUUCUCGACCAUUACUGAUAUUGCCUAGACAGUAACGGUAAAAAAUUGCAUGAUCUUUAGGAAGACCCACCCCCGUUUCAACCCUCACCCUUUGUCUCUCUCUCUCUCUCUCUCUUUUUUAUAUUUUUUUCUUUUUUUAUUUUUUUUUAUUUUACACCGGUCGAUUCCCUCUGCUGAGAAGAGAAGAAGAAGUGGUAGAUACGAGUUUAGGAAGGACGGAGGGGUGGGGGUGAGAGAGUGAAACGAGGGUUGAAUGGCCGUUCGCUAAAUUAUCGGGUAGAAAGAGGGAAAUCGGCUGCAAUCCUUGAGCGGCCAGCCGCAAAUACCGAAUAUGUGUGUGUAUGUGUGUAUACAUAUAUAUAUAUAUAUAUAUAUAUAUAUUAUAUACACACACAUUGAGAAUUUUACUCGCACAUGUAUACACAUAUAGGGUGAUCAAAAAUUUCAUAGGUGAAGAUGAAAAUGGGAUUGGAAGGGAGAUAGAUAUCGAAAACGCGAAGUAGUUCUCAGGUGGUUAGAAAAAAUAGAAUUAUUUCACCCUCUGAUAUCGUUUUAAUCAUUUUUUUUUUCUUUUCUCGAUCAGACGAUAAAAUGUAAAUAUUACUGAACUAUGUCACGAAUUAUCGAUCAAUUAAUUAGUCGAUAUUAUAUUUUGCUUCUUUUUUUUUUUUUUUUUUUUUUAUAAAGUUUCGUAAGGUAGUAAUUAAUUUUUAAUAUCGUUUAAGUACUUUUGAUUUUUCCCCCACCCAAGAAAUGUUUGUUCACCCUAUAUAUAUAUAUAUAUAUAUAUGUAUAUGUGUAUCUCUCUUUACCUAUUCAUCUUCCCUUUUCUCUCUAUCCCUCGACUGCGCACGUUCACCCCUCACUAACCACCCCUACGUCUCCACCACCCCUACCUUUUCGUUCUCAGUUAACUCACCCUCUCGUUCUCUCGUCGAUCUGCUCAUCGGAAAUCAUUGCCACGCCGCCAUUGUCAGCCGUCGAGGCACAUUAGAUUGGCUUCGACCCAAUACUAUCACCGAUUUCCCAAUUCAUCCCUUGUAGAAUCGCAUUAUUCGGAUUAUUCGAUAGCCGUCGCGCGUCGCUUGGCAAGAUCGAAAGGAGGACUUUACGAACGUGGGGUUGUCCGAGAUUUUCGUAAAAAAAGCUCUCGUUAGACUUUUACCAUCCUAUUUCUAUGUUAAAUAUAUAUAUAUAUAUAUAUAAAUGUAUAUGUGUGUAUGGAUAUAUGUAUUUGUAUAUGUAUAGUAUUCUUUGAUAAAAAAUACGCAAGAUAAAGAAUGAUAAUUAAUAAUAAUUAAUAAUAAAUAAUGACAUAUUGAUAUAUAAUAUAUUAUAUAUAUAAUAUAAUAAUAAUUUUUUGAUGGAGUGACUCUCUCUCUCUCUCUCUCUUUUUCUUUGUGUCUCUUACAUUUAUAAUAUGAUCCAUAGAUCCACAGAUGUGUAUGUGAAUGAGAUUUAUCAUUGGAUCAUUUAGGGAAUAAAUAAGAGUACGAUUAAUCAUCAAGGAUACAAUCGUUAUUAUUUCAGGAUACAAAUCAAUUUUGAUUACUUUAUUAAUUAAUUAAUUAUUCUAUGAAAUAAAAAAUUGUCUUUCCGUUAAUUAAUUCUCUUGAUCGUUCAAAUAUAUAACGAACAAAAAUUCAUAUAUUACGAUUUUAUUUAUAUAAUUAUUUUUUUGAUAUCUAUAAUUAAAUUUUUUCUUUUUCUUUUCGUUACAUUUUAAAUUGAACAAAUAAACACAAUUAUAUGAAUUUCUUGCAAUUAUUAAAUCAUAUAUAUAUAUAAAGAAAUUUAUACAAAAAUGUCGUAUUAAACAAAUCAAUCGUCAAGCAAUGAUCCACGAUCCAAAUAGAUCCUUUCUCUUAUCUCUUCUUCUUUUUUUUUUCUUUUUCGUUAAAUCUAAAUCAUUGUUCAGAUAGAUCAAACCGAGAGAGAAUCUCACCGAACAGAUUUUUCAUCCCUCGUACCUCCCCCACCGAUAAGAGGGGAUGAUGAAAGCUAGAGUAACCAUAGAUGGAUAAUAAGGGAUGAAAAAUGGACGAGUUGUGGAUGAGCAGUAGGAUGGUGAUUGAGAUGAGGUGAAGAGUUGGAUUGGUGGAUAGGGAUGGGGGUGGAAUAAGGGUGGAAUAGGGGGUGGGAGUCGGAGUAGAACAUUUGAUACCGUUUUCCUUCCAAACGCGAAUGAAAUUUUAAUAUUUUAUUAGCUAACAUUUCUAGGAAUUCUACACGCCAUGUUCCUGUCUUCUUCCCUCCCUCCCCCACCCCUCCUCCUUCACCCUUCCCUCCCCCUUGCCACCCAUCCUCUUCCACACUUUUUUCUUCUUUUCAAGGCCGUCAGAGUUUUUUUCGAGGAAGGAUGGGAUAGUUGUUUGAAGGAGAAGAAGAGGGAUAUUAAAUAUCUUCGGGGGAUGAAUGGUGAGGAUGGUUAGAGGGUGGUUAGGGGUUAGGAAGGGGAGAAGGAGAUAGAUAGUGAAAAAAUUCGUUGGGAUGUCUGCGGAAACGUAUUUGAAUCUUUUAACAGUGCCUAGAGGCUUCGAAAGCAUUGACCAACUGGUAUGCAGAAAAAAGGAAGUAGAUAGAGGGAUGGAGGGUAGAAGAGAGAGAGAGAGAGAGAGAGAGAGAGAGAGAGAUAGAUAAAGAAAUGAGGAUAGUGAUAAUAAAUAUUUUAUAACAAGUAUUCUCAAUAUUUUAUCUUCGCGUAACACGCUAUAUGUCUUUACUUACGUAAAUGAUGUAACUCAGUUGUAUACACUUGUAGAGAUUGAUAAAAUUGUAUUUAUUUAUCGUAUCUCUGAUAAAAUGUAUGUAUAAAAAAAUAAGAGAGAGACAGAAAUAUUUUUUAUUUAUAAUUUAUUGUAUAUAAGUGUAUAUAUGUUUGGAAAGUAAGUUGACGAUAACAUGAACAUAUAAACAUGUUCUUCAUAAAUAUGUACACAUGAACAUGUUUUUCACGAAGAUGAAUAUGAACAGACGAAUAUGAACAUGUGAAGUUGAAUAUAUGAACAGGAAUGUAUGAACAUGAACGUAGAAAUGAAUAUACGAAGAUAUGUAUAUGUAUGUGUAUAAAUAAGAGAAAAUAAAAUGUGUUGGAGGGGGUUGCAUUCGCCGUAGACUUGAA